AUGAAAUAUCAAUUAUUUAUUUGUACAAUCUUUUCAAUUGUACUUACUGUACAAUCUUUUAACGUAAAUUCUGGAAAUAAUGUUGCUGCUUAUUGGGGACAAAAUGGAGCAGCAGGUGGUGGAAAACCAUAUCAAACUCAAAUCGAUACUUAUUGUACUGACAAUACUUAUGAUGUUAUUUUCGUAUCAUUCUUGAAUACUUUUUUCUCAUCUGAGAAUAUCAUUGGAACAUCGAUCCCAGCACCAGGUUUGAAUCUUGCCAAUAUGUGUGGUUCUCUCUAUCCAGGUUAUUCACAACUUCUUCAAUGUCCAGCCGUAGGUUCCGGUAUUCAAACCUGUCAGACCAAAGGUAAGGCUGUAAUCCUCUCGCUCGGUGGUGCCGUCGGUAGCUAUGGAUUCAGUAGUUCUGCACAAGCUCAACAAUUCGCCACAACAGUUUGGAACAUGUUCCUCGGUGGUAACAACCCAACUUACCCACGUCCAUUCGGUGCCGUUCAACUCGAUGGUGUCGACUUGGAUCUCGAGAAUGGACAAUCGCAAUACUUUGAUGUUUUCGUGCAGACCUUGAAGAACACCUACUUUGCCAACGCCCCAAAGAAAUAUUAUGUCACCGCUGCGCCACAGUGUGUCUAUCCAGACGCCUCGAUCGGACCAAAUCCAGGAACCGCACUGUCGACCGGUUUGUUGGAUUUCAUCAACAUUCAAUUCUAUAACAACUACUGUGGUUUGGCUUCGGGAUCAAGUUUCAACUACAAUACUUGGGCCAAUUGGAUCACUGCCAACUCACCAAACACUAAAAUCUUUAUUGGUGCACCAGCCGAUACCUAUGCUGCCGGUAGUGGUUACGUCACCGCUCAAACUCUCACCAAUCUCGUUUCAACCUACAUCAACAGUCCAACAUUCGGUGGUGUCAUGCUCUGGGAUAUUUCAGUUGCACAGGGUAACAUUGUCUCUGGAUCAACUACCUAUGGUCAAUAUGUUUCGAAAUACCUCAAACAAGCUAAGCCAACCACUGGUGGAUCGACAACUUCCACCACAACCUCAUCAACUACCACUGUCAAGCCAACCACUGGAUCUACAACUUCCACUACCGGUACAACCACUGUCAAGCCAACUACUGGAUCAACAACUUCCACAACCACUGUUAAACCAACUACUGGAUCGACAACUACCACUGGUACUACCACUGUCAAGCCAACCACUGGAUCAACUACUUCCACCACCUCAUCAACUACAACUGUCAAACCAACAACCACUACCACCACUACUGGACCAUCGACUACCUCCACCACAGGCACAACAACUUCACCAAGCACAUUGGCUUUCAGUCAAAGUGUUACCUCGCAAUGGGGUAGUGGAUCGGGUAUCACCAGUCAAAUCAAUGGUCAAGUGACCAACAAUGGAGCAUCUUCUGUUAGUAAUCCAAAAUUCACUUCACCACAAUCAAGCUUAAUCAGUGGAAUGUGGGGACUUGAAUCUGCUACUGUCAAUGGUCAAAUCGUUUGGUCACUUCCAUCAUGGUCGACCACUCUUGCGCCAGGUUCAUCGGUCAGCUUUGGUUAUGCCAUCAACUCUGCCAACCCAGCUACCUUUACUCGUAUUGCUUAA